UCGUAGGCCCCCAUUUGCGAACGGAGGCCUUGGCUAAAUUGAAUUUUUGUAUUUUAGGCCCGGGUUUUCACAUCAGCCAUGCGCGACCAGUGAGGCCAGCAUGGCAGAAGUGCCAGAGGAGCCCGAGGAGGUUCCGGAAAACCUGUGCAGGCUUUUGCUGAAACAGUUCGAGGAGGCCUACUGGUCCACUGGCCGCGACAAGCCAAGGUUCGAAGUGGCUACACCCCCAAGCCUACAAGAUCUUAUCUCGGCAGAGUACAGGCCAAAGUCCUUUCUCCGCCGACGUGCUCCAGAUGAAAUCGAGACAGCGUUGACCCAGCUGGACCAGGGGGCCUUGAACAUGGUGAAGCAAAGUUUCAAGAAGAACUUAGAUUUGGCCGACUUCGCCAAGGCCAUUGUCAGCACUGGCACCUAUGACGCAGAUCGGGUCCUGGCCUUCGUCAGCGGUGUGGUCGACCUCUAUUUGGAGGUCUUCCGCUCGCAGUCGGACAAUGACGAAAAAGCUGUGAAGUGGGCGCAGUUGAUGAAUCACUUCAUCGAGUCCCCAGAGAUCGUGAUGUUCGAGGGCAGCGAGGUGGCUUCUGCCAUUGUAGGGCCAAAGAGUGCAUCCUCUAACAACUUGGCGCAGGUGCGCCGCAGCAACCUGGUGGACUGUGCCAAGCAUAUGGGUUCUGGCAUCCGGAAAAUCAACUGGAUGCCGUCCCUGGAGAUGCUAACGACUGUCGAAGGCACCGAGUCGGUGUAUUUCUGGUCGCCCAGCAUGGCAUGGGACACGGCACGUGUGGUCACUCCACAGCUGCCAGCUGACUACUUUGAUGAGCAGAAGCCACUGUGGACAGUGCAUGCUGUUGCGUGGGACAAUGACCUGCAGGAUUUGGUGGCCUUGUUGAGCAACCGCUUUCUGAUCUUUUGGCGACUCAGAAAUCGGGAGAAGGGCCAAUUUCAGCAGAAGAAGGAGUUCCGCUUCCAUGCCACGCGUCAAGAGGGGAAAACUGGAACGUUUCCGUGGAAGGUGCACUUGCGAACGAUGGACCCCAAGAAUGAGGCGCAGCAGGAGGAAGUGGUUCGCAGUAAAGUCAAGGAGCCCACUGAGACUGUGCUGGGGCUGAAGGAGAAGGCCACUGUGCGUCCCAAAGAUCCGCAAGUGACCAUGCGCAAGGAGAAGCGAGAAGCGCGUUUGGCAGCAGAGGCGGCACAGCAGCUGGACAUUUGGUGGAAUGCCAGUAUGAAGGUCUGGGUGACUGCAGACUAUGAAGGAAGGCUUUAUUUGUGGGACCUCAGAGAGCACACCAUUGAGAGCACAAUUUACCCCAUGAAGGUCCUUCAGGCUCACAGCCAAGUGGCCUGGGGCGCCCAGAUCAGAAACAUUGAAAGCCAAAGUGGGAUGCACUUCAAGUAA